CAAGCAUUAAAAUUUUUACGAACCAAACAAACAAAAAUUAUGAAUAAUUAUAAUAUGAACCCAUCUCUCUUCCAAAAUUACACUUGGAACAACAUCAUCAACAGCAGCAACAACAACAACAAGAAUGAUGAUCAUCAUCAUCAACAUAAUAAUGAUCCAAUCGGUAUGGCCAUGGACCAGUACACACAGCUCCAUAUCUUCAAUCCUUUCUCUUCUUCUCAUUUCCCUCCUCUCUCUUCUUCCCUCACAACCACCACUCUUCUCUCCGGAGAUCAAGAAGACGACGAAGACGAAGAAGAACCUCUAGAGGAACUCGGUGCUAUGAAGGAAAUGAUGUACAAGAUCGCAGCCAUGCAAUCGGUUGACAUCGACCCAGCAACCGUCAAGAAACCCAAACGCCGUAACGUGAGGAUCUCCGACGACCCUCAGAGUGUGGCGGCUAGACAUCGCCGUGAGAGAAUCAGUGAGAGGAUCAGAAUUCUUCAGAGACUCGUGCCAGGUGGCACUAAAAUGGAUACGGCUUCAAUGCUCGAUGAAGCUAUACGCUAUGUCAAGUUCUUGAAACGGCAGAUCCGGCUACUCAAUAAUAAUACCGGAUAUACUCCUCCGCCGCCGCAAGAUCAAGCUUCUCAGGCGGUGACGACGUCAUGGGUUUCACCGCCACCACCGCCAAGUUUCGGCCGUGGGGGAAGAGGAGUAGGAGAAUUAAUCUAGACAAGAUGACAUUUCCAUUAGUAGUAACUAAAUUAUGCUAUAAUGUGUGAGUAAUGGUGCAAUUAUGGAAAGUGUUUAUAUAUAAUAAAAAUGGAUACGAAAUAAGGGUUUGUUAGGAUAUAUAAUAUAUUGUUGUUGACCGUGAAAAGGUUGUGGAAUAAUCAUAACGGUUAGCUUGAGUUGUGUACCACCAUAUAUUUAAUAUUAUGUUAUCAUUUCGUAUAUAAUAAUAAGUUCUUGAUUUGGAGUUUGGUUGUAUACAAGUUUUGGCCGGGCAUUUUUCGGGCAUAAG